GAUCGCUAUUGUUGCAGCCGAUGUGGGAGCUGCUGGGAAACAUGGCGGAGAGCUGUGCGGCGUGGCUGUUAGUGCUGAGCGCCGUGUUUCUGUGCAAUCUCUGUAAAAUCCUGCUUCCUUCUUUCUCCUCGCUUGUCUCCAGGCUACUACAGGAAGAUGCGGAGCAGGAGUAUGAGAUGAGGUCUGAUAUCCAGACCAUGAGGCAAGAACUCUCUAAUAUCAGCAUGAUGGACGAGUUUGCCAAAUACGCCAGAUUGGAACGCAAAAUCAACAAGAUGACCGACAAACUUAAAACACAUGUAAAAAGCAGGACGGCACAACUAUCAAAAAUCAAGUGGGUCAUCAGCAUCGUCUUCUACGUACUACAGGCAGCCCUGAUGGUGUCCCUCAUAUGGAAAUAUUACUCGGAGCCGGUCACCGUACUGCCCAGCAAAUGGAUCGCUCCGCUGGAGAGACUCGUGGCCUUUCCCACUGGCAUUGCAGGUGGCGUCGGAAUUACUUGUUGGCUUGUGGUGUGCAACAAAGUGGUGGCCAUCAUGCUGUACCCUAUCAGCUAAGAAGAAUGGGUUCCAUCAGUAGCGUUAUCAUAGUCCCAUCUGUAGGCAUGUGUUUCUGUGCGAGUCAUGUAUUAUCUGUGUGUUUAUUAUCUGUAUAGUAUUUAUUCACAUGUAUGUUGCCUUAUUUGCACUGUUCUUUUAUUAAACAGUGUGAAGUGCA